UAGUAUGAAACUUUCAACAAAGAUUGUAAAAGAUCCAACAAAUGCUGCAGUGUCUGAGAACUUGGCAAGUGAGCCAGCUAACUUAAAGCAUUGGGGAGUAUGUGGACCAAAAACGGCUCCAAAAGAUGCAGUUGGCUCUCCUGGUAUUUUCUCUCAGCCAACACAAAGUGCUGUGACUGUAGCUCCUGAAAAUGUUGUAAAAGCGGGAACUCAUAUGUUGGCAGAAAAUACAGCAAUACCACUUGAAAGCCCUGACCACCCAGUUUCUGCUGUGUCAAAAUCAGAGACACAAACGCCAUCUGAUAUAAGAAAUGCUGUAGUGGACUGUGCUUGUAAAACAGAUGAAGACUCUUACGGACUUAUAAUAUUAUGUUCAUUAUGUCACAGAUGGCAACAUGGGGCUUGUUACAGAAUAGUUCGUGAAGAGAAUGUACCUCCAAGAUUUUGUUGCUUUUUCUGUAACAGUGAAGAAACUGGGAAUAUUUGCUAUGAUCAGACUCUCAUUAGAAUGGAUGAAGAACAACGGAAAGAGGUGUGCUUGUACAGGAAAGCACUAGUUUAUUGCUUAAGUAAACAAAGACUAAACCUGAGAACCUUUGCUGCUGAUCUGUCACUCUCAGAUACACAGUUUGAAAAAAUUCAGAAAUUAUUGGAGGAUGACAAUGUUGUAGCUGUUAGCAGGAGAGGAACACUUUCACAUGUACGGACUGUCAACAAUGACCAUUUAACAAAUGUUAUCAUCCCAAAAUAUUUUCAUGAUGUAGAGGGAUCUUCUGUUGUGAAUAAGGCACAAAAGACUACUGAUAACAUGUCACUAAUGUGAUUAUUUCACCAGAAAUUUAUUGAAAUAUUAUUAAAGUGGUAAAUUUCUUGGCCACAAGACUCAAAGAUGUCAUACAAUUUGUAAUUUAAUUUAGUCUGAAAAUAUAUGAAAGUGUUCUAUUAGGUAAACCCUACAAAGUAAAUAUUUAAAUGAAUUUGUUAAUUUCUGUUAUGUACAGUUUAUGAAGAAAGUCUGAGUGUAAUAUCAAAUAGCUAUUGUAAACUAUUUAAGAUGUAUAGCACAAGUACAACUAAUCAAGUUGUAUGAUAUAAUGUUCAUGUUAAUAUCUUAUAACUUAAUGAGAAUAAAAUGUUUAGUUUUUCUAGUUG